AUGGCUGGGCUGUUACUUAGUCCUACCGAGAAAGUAUUCAUAGUCCACGGCGUACAAGAUGACUACCGCUCAGAUGGAAGGUCAAAUAUUGAUUAUCGGCCCAUGGAGCUCGAAACGGACGUCGUGAGUCAUGCUAGCGGAUCAGCGCGUCUCAGACUUGCCAACACAGAUGUACUUGUUGGGGUCAAAACAGAAAUUGAUAUACCUAGUCCUGAUAAACCAAAUGAAGGAAAAAUUGAGUUCUUUGUUGAUUGUUCAGCCAAUGCUACUCCAGAGUUUGAAGGCAGAGGUGGUGAACAAUUAGCCAUAGGAAUAUCAAACUUAUUGCAGAGAGCAUACCAUUCUUCACAGGCCUUAGACUUGAAACAGUUAUGUAUAUUUGAGGGUAAACAAUGCUGGAAGCUUUAUGUUGACAUAUUGAUAUUGGAGUGUGGAGGCAAUCUCUGUGACGCAGUAUCCCUGGCUGUCAAAGCUGCUCUGUUCAACACAAGGAUACCAUUUGUGAAAGCUGCACUAAUGGAUGGAGGCAAUGUGGAUUUGCAGUUAUCUGAUGACCCAUAUGACAGUAAACUCCUGAAUGUAGGCUCUGCACCUUUAUUGGUUACACUCUGUAAAAUAGGUGACAAAUGUGUAGUGGACCCAUCUGCCGAAGAAGAAAGUUGCAGUGUAAUAUCAGUUAUAGUUGGGAUCACAGGCAUUCCUAAUUGCUAUUGUGAUGGAGGAGACGCUGUAGAAGAAAAAGAGGGUAAAUUUACGACUAUUGACAUGAGUGGGCCUGGAAGCUUAGCACCCAAGACUUUAAAGAAUGCUGUUAGUCAAGGAAUAAUUGCCGCGAAGUUACUUGACAAAGCUUUAGCAAAAGCUCUUCUACGGGAAAGACAAGAAAAUGUUACACUAAAAAAGCAUUCCUAUGGAUUUUUAAAAUAA